ACGAUAAAAUACAAUUAUAAUUCUGGUAUGUUUUACUUCUUCACCUCUAGUUUAUCCCAGUAUUAUCCUUUUUUAGCCGUUCAAGUGUUUUCCUUAGAUUUACGUUGUUAUUGUUGACUCCCGUUGCUUGGUUCUUGUCACCAGGACUACCGUGACUAUGGCGCCUUGCCUUCACCGGGGCAACUGUUGCUACCGUCUCGUCAUCGCCCUGCCCUACACUAAAUGCUGAUUGGCUGACUCGGGAGGUGGUCGCAGCGUCAUUACAACAACCGACCGUUGAUUGUGAACACCAACGUAUAGCACUCGUUGUCCUUGGGGUGCAUGGAUAGUGAUCUCCAUCCAAUGCAUGACAGAGCAGACAGUGAGAUGGAGAUUGUGCUAGUGACACAAAGCACAGCUCAACUGAUGUAUGGGACAGAAAGGCCAACAAAAGGUCACAGGUGAUUAGAUAGCCAAGAGCUCUGUUGACAUCACCUCUGGCAUCAUUCGCUACUUAAUCACAACUUUCCUUUUUCUCUAUGUGCAUUGUUGCCCCUAAAGGUCUCCGGUCUUAUCUCUGGGCAUGACGAAGAGUGGAGGUGAGUUGAGGUGCUUCUCCGAGAUGCUGAGGCCUAUAUAAGGUGGGGUCUGUCCAGAAUGAAGCACAAACCACAGACACCUCAAGCAAUUUCCAGCCUUUGAGACACCUACGACAUCUUUUCCCUCACAACAUGUGGAAGGCAGCACUCUUGACCCUGGGCUUGUUGGUGGCGUUGGUGGGCAGGGUGCGGCCCAAUGAUGGCCAUCCCUCUUUCUAUGGGGUGAAACUGUGUGGAAGAGAGUUCAUACGAGCUGUCAUCUUUACCUGUGGUGGUUCUCGCUGGCGGAGAAGCGUAGGAGACUCAGCUCUUAUUGGAGAAGAGGCCUUUGACCCGUGGAACACAAAUCCCAUCCCUCAACUUGCCAGUGAGCAGGAUCCUGCAGAAUCCCAAGCAUGGAGAGAACAAACACCGAAUGUGGCAUCUGUGGCUGCUGGAUUCAGCCGCUCAGCUCGCUCGCCAAUCUCAGAGGAGGUGCUGGAGGCUCUACGGAGUGCAGAUAGGAAAGGACGGGAUGUAGUCGUUGGACUGUCCAACGCUUGCUGCAAGUGGGGCUGUAGCAAGAGUGAAAUCAGCUCUCUCUGCUGAACCUUGUUUAAUAAAUACACUUGUACUUGUGAUUCCUUAAUUUCUCCCCAUCCCACUUACCAGCCAUGUGUUGAUAUUGAUACAGAAAUGUGACUCUGUACUCAAAAUGUGUUUUCUGUGAUUAUCACAGAUUGAUAUAUAUGUUUAAUAAAGCUUUGUGUAGUUGGUA